UGACCAGUGUUAACACCCUUCAAAGUUCACCAUUGCAUCCAACAAGCACUGAAACCCAACACCCUUUCCCACACUAAAACGACGACAUAUUCACACCAUGGCCGUCGAUAAGAAACGCAAGAACACAAAAGCCCCCGCCAGCGGGCCAAAGCGCCGCAAGACGCAACAGCCGUCCAAGCAGAUCAAGCGACCUGUUUCCGUUGAUGCGCUGGCAUGGAAGACGGUCGACAUUCCCGAAAUGUUCGAUGAUGCCGAGGGUUUCUUUGGUUUGGAAGAAAUUACCGGUGUUGACAUUGUAAAGGACGGGGAUGUUGUCAAGUUCAUGGCUGCGGUCCCCAAGUCAGAGGCGGAGGUAGAAGAUGACGGCGAAGAGUUUGGUGGUUUCGAUGAUGAAGAGACACCGAAACCUGCUGAGAAUGCGGACCAGGAAGUCGAGACAUCAGAAUCCAAGGCCGAGGCAGCGAGUACUCCGGCCAAGGAAAAGAAGGCCCCCAAGGACCAGAAGAAGGCCCGCAAGAACGAGAAGACCACUGUCGAGCCGCGGGACCCCGAACUAGAAACCGAUCUUUUCACCAAACUGGAGGAGCUUCCUGAGCCUGAAGAGGAGGAAAUCGAUAUGUCCGAAUGGGUACCGCUCGACUUGUCACCUCGAAUGAUCUCGUCCAUCGCCAAACUCAGGUUCUCCAAGCCCACCGUGAUUCAGUCCAAGGCUAUUCCCGAGAUCAUGGCUGGUCACGACGUUAUUGGAAAAGCAUCCACCGGUUCGGGAAAGACGUUGGCAUUCGGCAUUCCCGUCAUCGAAAGCUGGUUGAGCGCUGCUGAGACGACGAAGCAGAACAAGGAGGAGAGGAAGGGCGCUACAGCGCUGAUUUUGUCACCCACCAGAGAACUUGCCCAACAGAUUAGAGACCAUCUUCAAGCGCUCUGCAAGGGUCUUCCUACAGCACCUUACAUUUGCUCGGUUCUUGGUGGCAUGGCCGUACAGAAGCAAAAACGCCAGCUUCAGGUCGCUGAUAUCGUCAUUGCGACCCCGGGCAGAAUGUGGGAGGUUAUGAGCUCAGACAACUCUGUGCUCGCUUCUCUGAGGAACAUCUCCUUCCUUGUGUUGGAUGAGGCGGAUAGACUUUUGAAGGACGGUCACUUCAAGGAGGCCGAGGAGAUUUUCAAGGCUCUUGACAGGCCACCGGUGGAAGAGAACAAUGAGGAUCAGAAGAUGGGCGGUACUGAUGAAGAGGGACAGGAAGAGGAAGAAGAGGACAGUGAGGAGGAGGAGGAGGAGGAAGAAGAGCACGUCAACAAGAGGCAGACUCUCAUUUUCUCCGCCACAUUCAACAAGAACUUGCAGCAAAAGUUGGCCGGAAAAUCCAAGUUCAAGGCGACGAGCACCCAAGACAUGGAGUAUCUUCUCCAGAAGCUGAACUUCCGCGAGACCCCCAAGUUUGUCGACGCCAAUCCCGUCCACCAAAUGGCCGAGAACCUCAAGGAGGGUCUCAUUAUGUGCGGCGACAUGGAGAAGGAUCUAUACCUCUACGCCACUCUUAUGCUCCAGCCCACACGGCGCGCGCUUGUAUUCACCAACUCGGUCAACUCUGUCCGUCGCCUAACUCCCCUCCUCGAGAACCUCAAUCUUCCGGCCUUCCCUCUCCACUCGGGCAUGAUCCAGCAAGCCCGUCUGCGCUCUAUCGACCGCUUCAAGGCCAACGAAGGCGCGAAGAAGAAGAACGGUUCUGCCGCUAUCCUGGUCGCUACCGAUGUUGCCGCCCGUGGUCUCGAUAUCCCCGACGUCGACCUCGUCAUCCACUACCACGUCCCGCGCGCCGCCGAGGACUACGUGCACCGCUCCGGUCGUACCGCCCGUGCCUCCAACUCGGGCACGAGCAUCCUGCUCUGCGGGCCCAAAGAAGCCGUGCCGACGCAGCGCCUCGUUGCCAAGGUGCACGCCCAAGCCGAGGUCAAGGCUGGCAACUCGGGUAACAACACCAAGAAGCUCGUUUCGAGCGGACUUCGCACCAUCGAUAUCGACCGGCGCAUCGUCGCCAAGUUGCGGGAGCGCGUCGAUCUGGCCAAGAAGAUUGCGGAUGCGGUGCAGGCCAAGACCAUGGGUGGAAAGGAGGACGAUUGGAUGAAGAAGGCGGCAGAGGAUCUGGGCGUUGACUAUGACUCGGAAGAGCUUGAGAAGGCGGGCAAGUGGGGUGGCAAGGGUAGCUCCAAGAAGCAGAAGCAAAAGGAGGCACAGCAGAUGAGCAAGGGCGAGUUGGCGUCGUUGAGGGCUGCGCUAAGGGACCUCUUGAGCAAGAGGAUCAACACGGGCGUCAGCGAGAGGUACCUCACUGGAUUGGAUGUUAGUGAGCUGCUGAAGGGCGAGCAGGGGCUGUUUUUGGGCCAGGUGGACGGAUUGGGCUUGGAUGAUUAGACGCGGAUUCAUGGCUGUGGUAUCGCAUGUUUCUUUUCACAGUUAACCCUUUAAUUCUGAGCGGUGAUCUACAUAUAGUAUCCGGUCUCUUCACUCUGAGCAUGAUGUCGCAUUUUUCUCAAGUGUUUUGUU